AUGUCGGUGGGUAGUCAUCCUCACAACGGGGAUUCUGCUGUUGGCCGCAUGUUCAGCACGCACUUUCUGUCCAUAUUUGUAAAUCAUGAUAUAAUUUCAGAAAACAAAGGUCCCGUCCCGGUCCUUAUUAUCAGCUACAUGAGAAGCGGGUCAACUUUUACUUCUGACGUCAUAGCAAGCCAUCCGUCAUCGUACUACAUAUUCGAACCAUUGAUACAUAGCAUACCGAAAACACAAAAUGUAGGACGCAAAAUUGAAUUGAUCAACGGAACGAUCAUAACAUCCGAUGAUGAGGCUGUCUUGGUUUCAAACUUUUUAUUUUCUUGGCUUACUUGUCAAUACGAUGGACUAGAUAAGAAAUCUGUGCUCAGUCUUACACACACGAAUACUACGACUCCGUUUAAGAUGUGUUUAAAAAAGGGCAAGAGUAACAACAACGAAACAAUAUUACAAACCUGUCUGAAAGUGCUACAGAAAAAGUGUGAAUCCAGUCAAAUACGUUUAGUUAAGACAAUCCGUACUAGAAUGAGAACUUCUGUUGAAAUCUUGUUGAAAAGGAUUCCCGGAUUAAAAGUGCUUCACUUGUUUCGUGACCAAAGACCGCGACUUCUUUCGGCGGAAAAGACACCAAUGAUGACAUACUUAAAGUUACAAAAAACGGCAAAAUUGGAAUGCUCUCGUGUUUCUGAUGACAUCGCAAUGCAUCAGAUGCUGAAAAAACAACAUCCUGGCCGACUGAAAACUCUUUUGUAUGAAAGACUAGCUGAAAAUCCUCUUUGGGUUGCUAAGCGUAUUUUUGAUUUUCUUCUCUUGCCAUUAACAUAUUCAAAGUAUCACAUCGUCAUCACGCGAGGUUAG